AUGAAAAGCAACGUUAAGAUGAUUGCAUGGCUACUCUGGCACUCAUAUUAUCACAAUCACUGUGGCGUGGCAAUCAAACAAAAGUGUGAGAAAAGACAGCAUCCAUCUUCAUUCAUGCAUUCUCCAUCUUCGAUUGCGUUGUGUUGCAUGCAUGGUGCCAAAUGGAGGUGGAAAAAACAUGAAGCCUUAAAAGGACAAAAGGUUUUCACGCUUGGGUUUUUCGACCAUGCCAGCUCAGGGCCAAAUCUUCCCAUUCUUGGAAUCUAUGAAUGGAAGAUAUGA